AUGAUAAGUAGGGUAUGUAAUGUUCUUGAAAAUAUGGUAUAUGAGUUUACCGAUCUGAGGAGAAAAGAAUUAUUUAGUGAAGGCGAAAUAAAAUCAAUAUUGAAUAAAAGAAGGCAUCAUGAAUACACAAUUAAUAGUUCAAUGUCUAUGUUAGUAAAUUAUAUUUUGUAUUUAGAAUUUGAAAUGAGCUUAGAAAAUUUAAGAGUAAAAAGAUUAACAAAAAAAAAAGAAGACCUUUUAAAUGAAAUUGCAGAAUAUACAAAAUUAAUAAAAACUUAUCAUACAAAUAUAAACAAUUUUAAGAAAGAAAUUACAAAUACAAAAUACCCUAAAGAAAUUAAAAUGCUAACGAAAAAAAUAAAUGCAAAUGAAAAUUAUAUUAAACAAUAUAAAAAUAAUAUAGCAAAAGUUGAAAAAAAAAUUGAAGUAUUGUUACAACACAGUGUAUCCGAUAAUUCAUUAGUAAAAAGAAUAAUACAAAUAUUCCAAAAAUGUCUAAAAAAAAAUUAUAAUAAUAUCCAAAUAUGGUUAUUAUAUUUUAAUUUUUGUUUUUUAAAAAAAAAAAAAGACGAAUUAGAAAAAGCUAUAUUAACAAGCUUGAAAUAUCAUAUGAAUAAUGAAUUAAUAUGGAUGUAUUACCUUUAUUAUUUUUAUAAUAUAAGGAAAAAUAUAUUAUAUACAAGAAAGUUAUAUAUAAGGGCUAUGCUAUUUGUUCCAAAUAGCUUAUAUUUAAAUGCUUUGUAUUUUAUUAUCGAAUUUGACAUAUUCUUUAAAUUGUUAACAAAUUUUAAAUACCAAAAUGAUAACUCAAACAGCAUCUUCAACAAAACUGGCAAUGAUAAGUUUGAAGAUUUUUGCAAAGAUCAAAAAAAGAACCUAACAAAUGAAUUGGGUGAAAAUGAUCAAACGACCAAAUCUGAGAAUGAUAUACUAAAAAUGAAUAUCGAUGAAAAAAAUGAACAAAUUUUACUUGCUGAAAAGGAACAAAAAGUAGAAGAAUUUAAUUACAUCAAAGAAGAAGAUAAAUAUGGAUUAGAUGUUCUAAUAUUUCUAGGCAAAAGAUAUAUUCAUAUUUUUGAAAAAAAUAAAUAUAAUUUACACAUAUUUAUAAUAUUACUUUUAAAUAUACUUUUUAAAAUGGAAAAAAAUGAGUGGGUAAAAAAUUAUGUUUUACAAUAUGAGGAUUUUAAAAAUUUUGUUUGGAAUUCUAUUGAAAAUAAUAAAUUUGAUCAACCAUGUUUUUAUUAUUAUUUAUUUAUUAAUAAAUGCACACAAAUUUUUAAUAUAGAUACACUCGAAGAUAACGAUUUUAUACUUAUGAAAAAAUCCCUUUAUGCACAAUGUGGCAAGGAUCCACUUAUCAAAAUAGAAAAUAUUAAAAAGUAUUUUAACCAUUCUCUAGUUAACCAAUUAUUAAUUGAAUUGUUCAAUUCUUUUGACAAUGAACUUAUGAUUUAUCUAUUUUGUCUUCUAUUAGAAAAUAUAUUUCAAUUAUUCUUUGAAUAUGAUGACAUCUCCGAUGUUUUUAAAAUCGACAGCAUGAAUAAUACAGUCAUCCUUCCAAAAAAAAAUGAUUCAUCAUCAGAUAUAAUAUCAGAAUGGCCAAAUGAUAAUAUUAUACAUAAUGAAAAUUCUAUUCAUUUUCAAAAUAAAGAUAAUAAUAAAAACGAUGAAAAUAAAAAGGAUAUACUAUUUUAUAUGAAAGAACCUUCAUUGCCAAAUUAUAAAAAUUUAGAAAUAUUUAAAUUUUUAAAAGAUGAAAUAUUUUUAUGUGAUAAUAACCAUAAGUUUUUUAAAAUAAAUAUGGAAUAUAUAAAAGAAAAAGAUAAAGAUACAUACAAAUUUUUACAAAAAUUAAAUUUUUUUCCUUCUGUCUGUUUAUUUGAAAAUAAAAGCUUAUCGACACCUCCCAAUAAUCACAUAUAUAACUUUGAAGAAAAUAAUAAAAACGAGGACAUUAUAUCUUCUUUACUUUACUUCUUUUUAUUUGAUAUGAGAAACAUUAGAGAAAAUCAAACAAGUCAUACAAAUAAAAACAACAAUAAAAAUAACCUCACACAUACACCCCCAGACUCAAUAAAUUCAGUAUCGAAAAAACGAAAAGUCACAAACAAAUAUGCAACUUUGGGAAGUUUAAAAAAUAAAAAAGCUAAACAAAAUAAUCGCACAAAUAAACUGAAAAGUGAUAAAAAUGACAUUUUCGAAAGCGACAGCGAUAAUAUGAGUAACAACAGUGAGAAGAGCGACAAAAGUGACGAUAGCGAUAGCGAAAAUAGUACUUAUCAUGAUAAUGUAUAUAGUGAAAAGCAAGAAAGUAUCGAUGUUGAUAAAGUUGAUAUAAAUAAAACAGAAAAUAAUGAUACAAAAAAAGAUAUUUUUAUUAUCGACGAAUUAUUAUCAUUACUUAAUAGAGAAAUCAAUAUAUUCGUAAAAAUGACAAUCAUAAAAACUGUGUUAAAGUUAAUUAUAUUUUUAAAUAACGAUGAAAUAGCCAAUUACUUGUACAUUAAAAUAACAAAAGAAUAUCAUAACGUCAAAAGUAGCACAAACGCUAUGAUCAAAAAGGGGAUGGCUAGCCUGGUUCAAGUGUAUGAUAAAGUGUACAAAAAUUCCCCCCAAAAAAUAAAUAAAUAA